UACAACGCGAAAAAGAAGUAGUAGAAAAAGAAAAACUGUUUUGUUUCCUGUUAGCUUCUGAAGCUACAGCUCGUUAGCUGGAAUCACCGAAAACUCUUCUGGGAACGAGUCCAACAUCAUUCUACAUGCAGCAGCUGUUGGUGAAUAAAGAAGAUGUUCUCCCUGAGCAGGAGGAAUGGAAUCGGCGCCUGGACCAAAAGGGCUCAAAGCCUCCAAACAUUAAAGAGGAACAGGAGGAUCUCUGGGUAAGACAGGAGGGAAAGCAGCCUCAUGAGCUGGGAGAGGCUGAUAUCACUAAGUUGUCUUUCACUGCUGUCUCUCUGAAGAGUGAAGAUGAAGAAAAACCACAGUCAUCACAGCUUCACCAAAACGAAAGAGAUGAAGUGGAGCUUCUUCCCAGCAACUCAACUGAACACAAAUCACUGAAAAUAGAAGCUAAAGACGAGGACUGUGGAGGAUCCCAACCAGCCACAGGUCCAUGCAGUCGUUUUCAACCACACGCUGAUGACAUGCAGAAGUUGAUUAAAGAAGAAAUUCUCCCUAAACAGCGGGACUGGAAUCUGAAUGAUGACCAGAAGGACAUUAAAGAGGAACAAGUCUGGAUAAAUCAUCAGGGACAGCAGCUUCAUCAGCUGGAGGAGGCUGAUAUCACUAAGUUCCCUUUUACUGCUGUCUUUGGGAAGAGUGAAAGUGAUGAUGAAAACCCACUGUCAUCACAGGUUCAUCAAAGCCAAACUGGUGAGAGCACAGAGGCUGAGCCUGUAGCCAGCACUUCAACUGUACACAGAGCACUGACUGCACAAGCUGAUGGAGAGGACGAUGAGGGACCAAAACCAACUAGUAACUCAGGACUAUAUAGUAAUUUACAACCAGAUACUAAUGGUAGUUCAGACAGUUCUGAAACUGAGACUGAUGACAGUUAUGAUUGGAAACAGACCAGAGACCUUAGUUCAGGUUUAAACUGUCUGAGAAACAGCAAUGUCUCAAUUAGUUGCAGCAGUUGCAACAUUUCUGAGACACAACUGAAUUUCUGUGAAUGUGGAAAGGUUUGUAGUCACCUGAACCAUUCAAAGCAACACAGGAGAAGGCAAGCAAAUGAGAAACCAUUCAGUUUCCCUUUCCAGAUUAAAAAGUGGAGAAAAAAGAGCACACUGAACAAACGAAUACAAAUUCAUACAGGAGAGACACUAUUCGGCUGUUCUGAGUGUGGUAAAAGUUUUGGCGAAAAGGGAAGUCUAACAAGACACAUGAGAAUUCACACAGGACAGAAACCAUUUAACUGUUUGGAGUGUGAUAAGAGAUUUGGGCAAAAGGGUGAUCUCAUCAGACACAUGAGAAUUCAUACAGGACAGAAACCAUUUAGCUGUUCUCAGUGUGAUAAAAGUUUUGGACAAAAGGGCGGUCUGAACAUACACAUGAGAAUUCACACAGGACAGAAACCAUUUGACUGUUUGGAGUGUGGUAAAAGAUUUGGACAAAAGAGCCACUUGAACAUGCACAUGAGAAUUCAUACAAGACAGAAACCAUUUAGCUGUUCCGAGUGUGGUAAAAAAUUUGGGCGAAAGGGCUAUCUGAAUAUACACAUGAGAAUUCAUACAGGACAGAAGCCAUUUCUCUGUUCUGAGUGUGGUAAACGAUUUGGACAAAAGGGCGAUUUGAUCACACACAUGAGAAUUCAUUCUGGACAGAAACUCUUUGGCUGUUCUCAGUGUGGUAAAAAAUUUGGGCGUAAGUGUGAUGUGAUCAGACACAUGAGAAUUCAUACAGGACAGAAACCAUUUAGAUGUUCUGAGUGUGGUAAAAGAUUUGGGCAAAAGGGUGAUAUGGUCACACAUAUGAGAAUUCAUACGGGACAGAAACCAUUUGGCUGUUCUCGGUGUGGUAAAAAAUUUGGAAGAAAGGGCAAUCUGAUGAGACACAUGAGAAUUCAUACAGUAGAAAAUAUAGACACUGGUAGAUAUAAUACCAGUGGUGGUUGGGGUGACAGGGCUUAUGAAGAAAAACCUUAGGAAAUACCUAGAAGCAAUCCCUGGAUGCCCCAGUGUUUAUGAGGUACUUACUAGCAAUUAAGG